UUGACCUGCGCCGCCCCGGGCUCGGCCGAGCAAAAGCGCCUCCUUUCGCUGCCUCGCGCACGGGCGCACGCGUCUCGCCUCCCGAAGUCUCCGCGAGGGCAGGAGGAUUCCCCCACCCCCACCCCCACCCCCACCCCCUACUCCCACUCCACCCCCACCGCCGCCUCAGCCGCGGCGGACGAGAUCGAGGAGCCCUAGCUCGGGUUCCCGGCCUGCCCCUCCGCCCCCCCCCGCCCGCCGCCGCCGUCGGCGCCCCCGGUCCUCCCGCUAGCCGCCGCCGCCGCCGCCGCGAUGGAUCUGCCGAGCCUGGCGGUCGUGCUGCGCGCAGGGCUCAGCCACGUCCCGGAGGAGCGCAAGGCCGCCGAGGCCAGCCUCGAUCAGCUUCAGUACACUCCACAACAUUUGGUGAGAUUAUUACAAAUCAUUGUGGAUGGAAACUGUGAUAUGACUGUGAGACAGGUUGCAAGUAUUCAUUUCAAGAAUUUUGUUGCCAAAAAUUGGUCCCCUACUGAUCCUGAAGAAAAGCAAAAAAUACUAGAAAGUGACAAGUCCAUGGUCCGUGAGAAUAUAUUGGGCUUUGUUACACAACUGCCUCCACUGCUAAGAGCACAGCUUGGAGAAAGUAUCAAGACCUUGAUCCUUGCGGAUUACCCUGAGCAGUGGCCUAACCUUCUACAUUGGGUUACACAUAACCUAGAUUCACAAGAUCAAAUUUUUGGGGCUCUGUACGUACUAAGGAUUCUUGCCCGGAAAUAUGAGUUCAAGUCUGAGGAAGAAAGGAUACCCUUGUAUCAAAUUGUUGAAGAAUGUUUCCCUCGUUUGUUAACUAUCUUCAGCAAACUUGUCCAGAUUGCCAAUCCUCCAAUUGAAGUAGCUGACUUGAUCAAGCUGAUAUGCAAAAUAUUCUGGUCAUCAAUUUAUUUAGAAAUUCCUAAGCAACUAUUUGAUCCAAAUGUCUUCAAUGCGUGGAUGCUUUUAUUCUUGAACUUAUUGGAGAGGCCAGUUCCAGUGGAAGGACAACCGUUAGAUCCUGAUGCUAGAAAAUCUUGGGGGUGGUGGAAAGUCAAGAAAUGGAUUGCCCAUAUCUUAAACCGUCUAUAUACUCGGUUUGCUGAUCUGAAGAUUCAGAAACCAGAGAGCAAAGCUUUUGCUCAAAUGUUUCAAAAGAACUAUGCCGGAAAAAUUUUGGGAUGCCACUUACAAUUACUCAAUGCAAUCCGUACAGGUGGCUAUUUGCCUGAUAGAGUCGUCAAUCUUAUUCUUCAAUAUCUUACCAACAGUAUUACGAAGAACAGCAUGUAUCAACUGAUGCAACCACAGAUCGACAUCAUUAUGUUUGAGAUAAUAUUUCCACUACUGUGCUUCAAUGACAAUGACCAAAUAUUAUGGGAUGAAGACCCUCAUGAAUAUGUUCGGAAAGGCUAUGAUAUCAUUGAAGAUCUGUAUAGUCCCCGAACAGCUGCUAUGGACUUUGUGAAUGAACUUGUUCGAAAACGGGGAAAGGGUAACCUACAAAAGUUUAUCCAUUUUAUCGUGGGGAUAUUUAUGAGGUAUGGCGAGGCAUCUAUUGAAUUGAAGCCAUAUCGCCAGAAAGAUGGUGCACUUCUUGCCAUUGGGACAUUAUGUGAUAGGCUAAAACAAACUGAUCCAUAUAAGGGUGAGCUGGAGCGGAUGUUGGUUCAGCAUGUUUUCCCAGAGUUCAGUAGUCAUGUUGGACACUUGCGUGCAAAGGCAGCAUGGGUUGCUGGACAGUAUGCACACAUCAAGUUCUCUGACCAGAAUAACUUUCGCAAAGCUAUGCAUUGUGUUAUAUCUGGUAUGCGUGAUGCUGAACUUCCUGUCCGAGUUGAUUCAGUCUUUGCCCUCCGUUCUUUCGUUGAAUCAUGCACAGAUCUUGAUGAGAUCCGACCAAUACUUCCUCAACUUCUUGACGAGUUUUUUAAGCUUAUGAGCGAAGUUGAGAAUGAGGACCUUGUCUUCACCCUUGAAACAAUUAUCGACAGAUUUGGUGAAGAGAUGGCACCAUAUGCACUUGGAUUAUGCCAGAGUUUGGCCGCCGCCUUCUGGCGAUGCAUGGCUAGUUCAGAAGCUGAUGAGGAAGCCGAGGAUACUGGUGCUUUAGCUGCUGUUGGCUGCUUACGUGCCCUAAGCACAAUCCUUGAGUCUAUUAGCAGUCUUCCUCAUCUUUAUAUUCAAAUAGAACCCACUUUGUUGCCUAUAUUGCGCAAGAUGUUGACUUCAGAUGGUCAAGAUGUCUAUGAAGAAGUUCUGGAAAUAGUCUCCUAUAUGACCUUUUACUCACCGUCAAUUUCAUUGGACAUGUGGAGCUUAUGGCCAUUGAUAAUGGAGGCUCUUAAUGAUUGGGCCAUUGACUUCUUUGAGAAUAUUCUUGUCCCAUUAGACAACUACGUUUCCCGUGGCACUGAACAUUUUCUUACGUGCAAAGACCCUGACUAUCAACAUAGCCUAUGGAAAGCACUAUCAUCUAUUAUGACAAACCAAAACAUGGAAGAUUCUGAUGUUGUGCCUGCACCUAAGCUCAUUGAAGUGUUUUUCCAAAACUGCAAAGGCCAAGUCGAUCAUUGGGUUGAGCCGUAUCUCAGGCUUACGAUUGAUCGGUUGCGUCGAACAGAGAAGCCAUAUCUGAAAUGUCUCCUUCUACAAGUGAUAGCUAACGUGCUGUACUACAAUCCUUCGCUGGCACUUGAAAAGUUGCAUAUGCUUGGAGUUGCAACAGAAAUUUUCAAUCUUUGGUUUGUAAUGUUACAACAAGUAAAAAAGAGUGGCCAGCGGGCUAACUUCAAGAGAGAGUACGCUAAGAAAGUCUGCUGCUUAGGACUGACUUCACUUAUUGACCUUCCAGCUAGUCACAUUCCAGGAGAAGCUCUAGAACGGAUUUUCAAAUCAACACUAGAGCUGCUUGUUGCUUACAAGGAUCAAGUUGCAGAAUCUAAGAGGCAAAAUGAUGCCACCGCUGAUGAUUUGGAUGGCUUUGAUGCUGAUGAAGAAGAGGACGAGGACGAGGAAGUUGAGUCUGACAAGGAGAUGGGUGAUGAUGAAGAUGUUGAUGGAGUAAAUAAUUUCAAUCCUCAGAGAUUUGCAGAGGUAAGAGGUUUCCAUCAUGAUGAUUCAGAAGAAGAUUCUGAUGAUGAUUUUAGCGAUGACGAAGAGCUACAAACACCAAUAGAUGAGGUGGAUCCAUGUAUCUUCUUUGUCGAAACCAUCCAUGCUAUGCAAGCAUCCGAUCCAGCUAGGUUCCAGAACCUUAUGCAGACUCUGGAUUUCCGCUACCAGGCGCUUGCUAAUGGUGUAGCUCAACAUGCUGAGGAAAGAAAAAUUGAAAUUGCGAAAGAGAAGUUAGAAAAGGCCAAUGCACAGUGAGGACUCGUAGCAUGGUUGGUCGUGUCUUAAGUUUUGGCAGUGUUUUGGAGUGGCAUGGGGUCAGUAUCUUGUGAUUUGGCGAUAGCAGGUGAGGAAUUUUUGCGGCCUUGUCCUACCUGUUUGGAGGCCAGUUUUGAGGCACACUGUUCUUUGGGGAGACGUGGGUGACAGAACUGUCAUCGGGCAUCUGUUGGCGGAAGUCAUUCUUGAGUGGGUCACCGUGCGCUAUCUCAGUGAACAUUUGCUACAGCGCUGUUUUGGUUCCUGAGUCCUUAUAUAUCCUUUUGGUUGAUGAAGCCCUUUUGGUGGGUGAUACCAUGGGCGCGUCCCAAGUGUAGAGUGUAUAUGAUUGGGCAAUUGUUGAUGGAUUAUCAUUAUGAUGGUUCAGAUAUAUGUACUUUGUUGAGACAUACCGAAUCAAAUUUUGGUUAUCGGUUUGUUAAAGUUUCUGAAACAAUCGUUCCUGGAA